AUGUCCACCAUGUCUCGUGUUGCCUUGACUCUGGGCCUGGCCUUGGGUGCCUCUGCUGCCAAGAACUCCAUCGUUGCGCCUACCGGUGCCGAGACCCUCACUGUCGCCCUCCUCGGUGCCCUGCCCCUGGACUUCUGCAACAAUGUCAUGCCUAAGCUGAAGGCGGACGGCGUGCAGAUCUCUCGCGAGAUCCAGAACGACUGCGACCCCGGUGACCGUCAGGCCAUCUCCAAUGCCACCAUUGAAGAGGAAAGCACUGCUCGCUAUAUCGAGAACGUCUGUCUCUUGAAGAAUUGCUCGGCCUUCAUCUCUGUCGGCGACAACUUCUAUGACAGCGGUGUCGACUUUACCUCGGAGGGUAUCCAGCGCUUCUACGAGGGCUGGGCCAAUAUGUACGUCGGUGAGGCCUUCAACGGCAAGCCAUGGUAUCAGGCGCUGGGCAACCACGACAUCGUUGCUGGCAAGGCCGGCGUCGACUUCCAGACGCGCAUUGCUCCGUUGAUGGAGGACCGGUGGUAUUUCGGUCAUGACAACCUGCCCUACUACACCUACGACCUGACCGGCUCGAACUGGACCGCGACCUUCGUCGUGGUGGACUCCGAUUGCUUCAUCAACGCCUACCAGGACGCCACCUCCGUCUACAACACCGACUACGUUAUCUCCUGCCACAAGGAUACCCAAAAGCAAGUGGACUUCCUGCGUAAGUCUUUCGCCGAGUCCGACGCCACCUGGAAGAUCCUGCAGAUCCACCACGGCUACGUCUCCUCCUCGAGCAACUACACCGAGCUGGCUCCUCUGAUUGACAUCGUCCGCGAGAACAACGGCGUAGUCGUCAACGGCCACGAUCACUGCAUGGCCCACUACCACUACCAGGAUAUGAACUUCGUCCUCACUGGCGGCGCUGGUUACGCCGAGGCCGGCGACUGCAACUACGGUGUUCCCCUCGGCCCCUACGCCAAGUGGCUCGGUGCCGACGCCGAGCAGGCCGCCAACGGUUUCGUCACUCUUGACAUCAGCUACAACUCAUUGAACUUCGAGUACUACGCUCGUGACAUGCUGCUGAAGGGUGCCGACUACUACAGUGUCAAGAAUGACCAGGCAUCCGCCUACAGCUUCUCCGUUACCAAGCACGCUACCAAGGGUUCCAAUGGUCACAGUCGAACGUAA